AUGGUCAAUGGGCGAGCGGAUAACGAUAUAGCGAUGGUGUAUCUUUCAAAGAAUGUAUCCAGCAGCCGAGUACUUCCACUCUGUUCCGCACACUAUGAACAUAGUUUAAUUGCUGUCUGCGGAUUCGGCUAUACGACCAUUUCUCCGAGACAGCACCCCAAGGUGCUUCAGGAAAUGAAAGUGCGAGAAAUAAAUGAUAAAUAUUGUCCUUCAAACAAUAAAGUUUGUCUAGUAGAAGAUAAAAACAGGGCCUCAACUUGUGGUGGAGACUCGGGAGGACCUGCAUACCCUUUGACACAGCGAGGGUCCCCAGUGCCUCUAUGGAAUAUUGAGCUACGGUAG